GGAGGAGCAUGCGUGCAAUCGGCCCCCUGUAGGAUCUCCUUCACAUCCACCGGCCAGCACUCACUCUCACAGCGUGGAGGUGGAGGAGAGGUGCAGAGGAGGAUUCCCGGUUACUCACGAUAGUCUACUUGUUGGGGCUGGACGGGGUGCAGUGGACACGGUGGUGCACGGUUGUAUAUCCCAACAUGUCGCCGGGUAGCUUGUGAUGCCUCCACCAGCUCCGGGCAGAGCACCGGACAAACGCGCGGAGUUUUUCCGCGAUUGCACAAGCGAGGUAUCUGAUUUCCAUCCACGAGCCACAUGAAGAAACAAGCAGGCUGGGGUGGGGGCUGAUGUGGUCACCUGCAGCACGAGUUUAAUCUUCCAUUCUUUUCAAGUGACUGAGAGACUUGAGUGACGUAAGUGAAGAUGAUCAAAACGGAGUCUCAGUCGGCCACCUCGCUGCCGCCGGAUUCCACGGACAUCAUCGGCCGGAAGACCCACAUCCGCCGAGUGAGGCUCAACGUCGGGGGCCUUCUCCACGAAGUCCUGUGGAGGACGCUGGACCGCCUUCCCCGCACGCGACUGGGCAAACUGAGGGACUGCGACACCCACGACUCAAUCAUGCAGAUAUGCGACGACUACAGCUUGGGUGACAGCGAGUACUUUUUCGACAGACACCCCGGAGCUUUCACCUCCAUCCUGAACUUCUACCGCACCGGAAAGCUGCACAUGAUGGAGGAAAUGUGCGCCCUCUCGUUCAGCCAAGAGCUGGACUUCUGGGGCAUUGAUGAGAUCUACCUGGAGUCCUGCUGCCAGGCCAGGUACCACCAGAAAAAGGAGCAGAUGAACGAGGAGCUGAAGAGAGAGGCCGAGAAUAUGAGCGAGAGGGUCGGAGAGGAGUUUACAACCACGUGUUGUUCCGAAAAGAGGAAGAAGCUCUGGGAUCUCUUGGAGAAACCAAGCUCAUCGUUUGCUGCUAAGAUCCUGGCCAUUAUCUCCAUCCUCUUCAUCGUGUUGUCUACCAUUGCCUUGUCUCUGAACACCCUUCCAGAGCUGCAGGACAUAGAUGAGUUUGGUCAUUCCACAGACAACCCGGAACUGGCCCACGUGGAAGCUGUGUGCAUUGCCUGGUUCACCAUGGAGUACCUGCUUCGCUUUCUCUCCUCUCCCAACAAGUGGAAGUUCUUUAAGGGUCCGCUGAACAUAAUAGACUUGUUGGCCAUCUUGCCAUACUACGUCACCAUCUUCUUGACUGUAUCCAACAAGAGCGUGCUGCAAUUUCAGAAUGUCCGUCGUGUGGUUCAGAUUUUCCGGAUCAUGCGGAUCUUGCGUAUUUUGAAGCUGGCUCGUCACUCCACGGGUCUCCAGUCUCUGGGCUUCACGCUAAGGAGGAGUUACAAUGAGCUUGGCCUGCUUAUCCUUUUCUUGGCCAUGGGCAUCAUGAUCUUCUCCAGUCUGGUGUUCUUCGCCGAAAAGGACGAAGAGGACACCAAGUUCAAAAGCAUCCCAGCUUCUUUCUGGUGGGCUACCAUUACUAUGACCACGGUAGGCUAUGGAGAUAUAUACCCCAAAACUCUACUGGGGAAGAUAGUUGGAGGAUUGUGCUGCAUUGCUGGAGUACUGGUGAUUGCGCUGCCUAUCCCUAUUAUUGUAAAUAACUUCUCAGAGUUUUACAAGGAGCAAAAGAGGCAGGAGAAAGCCAUCAAAAGAAGGGAGGCUCUGGAGAGGGCUAAGAUGAAUGGGAGCAUUGUUUCUAUGAACAUUAAAGAUGCAUUUGACCGCGAUAAAGAGCUCAUGGAUAUAAUAGUGGAAAAUGCAGGUGAAAAGAAUGAGAAGAUACAUGACAAUCACGUGUCUCCUAGUAAGCAGAAAGGGACGCCCAAACUCAGGUCGCAGAGGAGCCCCAGCAGCCCCUCCAAGGCCCUCGCAUUAAGCUACCAAGAGCAGGCCAAGCCCUCUAGCAGCCCUCAGUAUCUCAGCGCACAGACACUGGAGGAGAUGUACAGUACAAUGGCCAACACCCAGUCACAUCCCAAUCUUGACAGCGAGGAAAAGGGGCCGCCGUCCAAAGCAGUUAGGCGUAGAACAGAAAUAGAGAUGGGGAGCAUCACCGCUGAAUCAACCACAAACAAAGCAGAAACGUUGGCAGACAUGAGGAGCAUGUCCAGCAUUGACAGCUUCAUCAGCUGCACAACUGACUUCCCUGAGAGCUUUCGCUUUUCCCAAAGCCCCAUCAGCGGCAUGCCGGCGAAGGUCAGCACCCGCCCCAACCUGGAGCCCACUUUGGAGAAUGUGCAUGAAGAAUCCCAGGGCACCAAUACACCCCAGACAGGACGGGGCACGAAGCUCGGCCUGUCCGAGGACAGUCCUCGGGCUCUGCGACACUCUCUCAAGGUCAACCUCAGAGAUGGGGAGGAAAUAGGGAGAGGGACCCUCUCUGACAGCUCGUCAGUCCAGAGCCCUGAGGUGUCUGUCUACACGACUGCCAGAAGUAGGACACCCAGUAAGAGCCCAGAGAAUAUGCUGCCCAGCAGCCUCUUCACAUUCCACGAUACGUCCAUCAAUAAAUUCAUUGACGCUGACACAGAUGACGAUGAGCACAUGCAUGGCGGUUCAGGGAUCCGUCCCUCCCAAAGAGUCCUGGAAAGAGCGAGCUCCGGGUUGGGCCAUCACUCCGGCUCCCAGCGAGGGGCCAAGCAGAGGAAGCUGGGGAACAGCACACUGCCGUUAGAAAGGCAGGAUAACCAUGUGGCUUAGGAGCUACAACCACUUCGGGAUUCAAUGAAGCAGAGUUCCUGAAGGAAGCAUACAGGAGAGGAGGAAGCACAAAGGGAAAUUUCAGAUGCACAAUGAACUCAGCAAAACUGAACUUCUGAAAAACAUUGAAGACAUAAAAUGUGUCUGCCAUGGAAAUAGCUGCAGACGGUGGGACAGAUUUCGGUGUUUUGCACUAAGACUCCUGAAUUAAUCAAUUCAGCAGAAAACUACUCUAAAAGUUGUUGUUUUUUAAUUUGGCACAGAAUGCCUUUCAAUCAUUUUGACUAUUUAUACAUUUACUUUGGUCCAGAUUGACGUAAUAAUCUCAACAUAAUUGUAAGACUAGAACAACUGAUCCGAAUUCUUUUGGCAUGCCUGGAUAGAGUAACAAUAGAAAAAGCUGCCCAAGUCAAUGCAAGCCACAAGUAUUGAAACACGGCUCUGUAAGGUGGGAAAUUCAUUCAGCUGUAGUUCAGAUUACUUUGUUGUGUGAAUGAGGAACUUAUAUGUUUUUUAUGUAUUAGUAUAAUUAUGGCAUUACAAAAGCCAGUUUGGGAAAAAUGUACAGUUAAGUUCUCUUCAUUUCUUCCUCAAAACUGGCCUUAGUUUAUGUUGUGUAUUGUUUGUGUUUGUGUUUGUUUAGGUAAAAAGAAUGACACAAACAGCACAUACAUACAUAGACACAAAUACACAAACUAUAUAUAUAAGUAUAAGUAUUUAUAUAUAUAUAUACAGUACAUACCGUAUAUUUAUUGUUAUGUAGCAUUCUUCUGUCCUGCUGGUCUAGAAAAAAAACCUAGUCUUGUAUUGGUGUAAUCAGUUUUAAUCUGGAGAAAAUCUAGAUGUUUAGUGUGCUAUUUUCACAGGUGUCAUCAUUCCUGUAAUUUGAGCUUAACAUAAAAUGGGCAUCAAUAAAGCUGUAAAGACAGCACUCAAAAUCAAUGAGA